UUUACGAAACAAUAUUAUCUUCGGUUUUUUAACAAAAAAUAAAAAAAGCAAUAUUAAUUGUUCUGCGAAAGAAAUUCAAAGCGAAGAGAGAGAAAGAAAGUAAUGGAUUCAUUCUUCCAAUCCCAAUCGCAAUCGCAACCUGGUUAUGGAAGUUCUUGGAAUUUCGAUGCUUUCAAGAAUCUUCAUGAGAUUUCUCCCACUGUUCAAUCUCAUCUCAGACAGGUAUACUUGACAUUAUGCUGUGCUUUGGUUGCAUCGGCAGUUGGGUCGUACCUGCAUAUCUUGUGGAAUAUUGGUGGUCUUUUGACUACUCUUGCUUGUUUGGGCUGCAUGGCUUGGUUACAUGCCACUCACCCAUAUGAGGAGAAAAAAAGAGUUGGCCUGUUAAUGACCGCAGCCGCGUUUGAAGGAGCAUCUAUUGGUCCUCUAGUUGACUUGGCUAUCCAGGUUGAUCCAAGUCUUCUGGUUUCUGCAUUUGUGGGUUGUGCGAUAGCUUUUGGCUGCUUUUCUGCAGCUGCCAUGUUCGCAAAGCGUAGGGAGUUUCUCUAUUUGGGGGCUUUGCUUUCAUCUGGUGUCUCCAUCCUCUUCUGGCUACACUUUGCUUCCUCUCUUUUUGGAGGCUAUGCAGCUAUUUUCAAGUUUGAGUUGUACUUUGGCCUUUUGGUCUUUGUGGGAUACAUUGUUUUUGACACCCAACAGAUCAUUGAGAAAGCUCACUUUGGUGACCUGGACUACGUGAAACACGCCUUGACUCUCUUCACCGACUUCAUCGCUGUGUUUGUCAGGAUCUUAAUCAUUAUGCUGAAGAACUCAAUGGAAAAGAAUGAGAAGAAGAAGAAGAGAAGGGAUUAAGCUCAUAUGCUUUAUUGCCACUGUCUAUCAUGUGGAGUCAGCGCGUUUUUGUUAAGCCUCAAAUUUCUGAACUCAGCAUUAUAGAUGUAAUAGUUUGAAUACAGUCCUGAGUCAGAUAGCCAGAUUGAAACACUUAACAUGUAGAUAUUUGGACAAACUAGAGCUUUGUGUCUUAACAAGUUAACAUACUUAUAAUGAUGUUUGAUCUUGGAUUUCUUAGUAUUGGUAAAUGGUAAUGACAGUCAUGCAUCUUAUGUGCAGUUACACAUUUCAGAUAUAUCUCUAAUCAAUGAAAUUUUUAACUGUGUAUACA